AUGUCACGGCAUUGCUGCAAGGCCCGAAGGAACUGUGCUGCUGAAAGUGAGGGUCUGAGUGCUGCUGGAUCCAGUCCUGCUUCACAUAUUAAAGAUCUCUGCACCGUUACAAGCCAUUCAUUCAACGACGACAACAGUGUGAUAUUUAACGACUCCUACCUAUUAUACCCUUCCUUGGAGGAUACGAUUCUAUUCGCUGCUGCCUCUCACAACGACAACAGCACCGUCAUGCCAUACUGCACUCUACCGCAUCUGGCAGUUUGUUGCGUCAAUGAAGCAGAUGUUACCAUGGCAGGCUUCACAAAUAACCCCAAUAUCGGCAGUUACCUCCAGGAUUACACCGGGGGCGAGGAUGGCUUUCCGUUCAACCCCUGCAGCUCGUCGACAAUUGACCAUCUCAGCCCAUCAUCAGGGUUGGGAACCAGUUCGUUAGUCUCGGCGGGCAUGCCUGAGUGCCAAAGCAACGGCGCGGACUUGCCUUUGCAAAACUGCUCUGUGAUGACGGUGAGAUUGACGACAGGAAGCAGUCCAUGA